CGCGGCCUCUGGCGGCUCCGGGCCGGGCGGCAGGGGCUGGGCUCCCAUCCGAGCCUGGUGCGUCCGUGGGUGGGAGGCCUCCCCCGGUGCCCGUAACGCGGCGUGGGAGCCGCUGUGCAGCCCGACAGCGGGGCCGCAGUGGGGUGGAGAACCUGCGUGAAAAGCUCUGCCUGGCUCCUCGCUGCCAGGACUGAGCCAAGGCGUCCAGUGCUGCCCUGGCUGCAGGAGCUGCAAACCCGCCUUGACAGGGCGUCUGCCAGAGCCAAGAGUCACUGUGAGGCUUGAGCUGCGAUUGCACCCACUGCCUGAGGGGAGAAAGGGUCUAAGCACAGAGAGGAAAGGUUGACUGUGUUCCGUUAUACAUGUUUUGAUGUCACACACGUUAUUGGGGAAUGCUGAUAUGGACAGUCUUUCCUCAGGCUCUUCUCUGCAGUUCCUGGCUAAACUGCUUUCUGAUACUCCGGAGGAAGAGGAUGAUGAUGAACCUGUGCCACGCUCCUCUGUUAGUGCCAUGACUCCUGCUAGCAUUGGACCAGUAAAGAAAGAGAGCACUGAUACUUCUCAAGUGGAAUCUGAAAACAGGACAACUAUUUGGAAUACAGAGGAGGUGCCAGAAGGAUCUGAAUUUGAUGAUACCUGGGACCCCAGAGAACAGCCAGAGUAUCAGAUUUUGUUCAAACAGUGUGUGGGAACAGAGGACGUCUUCUUUGGCAUGAGCAGGAAAGACCCCUCCACAGCCUGCUGUGAAGAUAUGGUGAUUAAAAUCAAGUUGCCAGAGACAAAGUACUCAGACAUCACAUUGGAUAUCCAGGACAAGGUUCUCGACCUUCGAACUCCCCAAAAGAAGCUGCUGCUGCACCUCCCCUACCCUGUAGACAGCAAGAAUGGUAAAGCUCGUUUUCUCUCUGAAGAGGAGACCUUGGAAGUCACCUUGAGAGUAUCAAGGAUGUUUGAUUUCAUAAAUUUUCUCUGAUGGAUAAAGAAAUGGAGAAAGUUUGCAAAAAAUAAUCUCUUAGCUUGAAGUCUUCUUGAAACCUAACUGGUCAUGAAAUAGACUGUUUCCCUUGAACAGUCCACGGGGAAUAUCCCUGGAAAAAUUGCAUGAGUCAGUAGGAACGUAGCACUGAAGGUAGAAGCUGAGGCUGUUCUCCUCUUGCGCUGCUCUGGUUCAUGUUCUGCUUCCUUUAGCCUGGUGCAGGGUCUGUGAAUGGGAAAACCAGAGAAAAUCUUUUUGUGUUUGUGGCUGAUGAGUAGCACAAUGAGGCUCUGGCUGAUGAGUUUGGUGCUUGUGGUGCAUAUUCUUGCUUGGCCUCCAAUGCUGGGACUGGGGUCUGUUCAGAAUCUCCUCUUGGCUACUUCAUGAGAAGAUCAAAGCUCUCAGGGAUCCAUAUCCACAUCUAAGGCUCCUUUACACUGGCAGAACAAGGUAACCAGCUGUAGUUGGAUUGUUGAACAGCUCAGCUCUUUUGAACAAUUUUUGACAAUGUAUGGUUUAGUGUCAUCUAUUCACCCGCUGUCCCUCCAGCUAUUUUUCUGAUCUUUCUUGAUUAAU